AUGCUUGUCAAAAAGCUUGCAAAAUCUGCCCAAUUCCCUCUUCAUGUAUGGUUACCAGAUGCUAUGGAAGGUCCUACUCCUAUUUCUGCUCUUAUACAUGCUGCUACUAUGGUAGCAGCAGGAAUUUUUCUUGUAGCUCGACUUCUUCCUCUUUUCAUAGUUAUACCCUCGAUAAUGAGUGGAAUAGCUUUGAUAGGUAUAAUAACAGUAGUAUUAGGAGCUACUUUAGCUAUUGCUCAAAAAGAUAUUAAGAAAAAUUUAGCCUAUUCUACAAUGUCUCAAUUGGGUUAUAUGAUGUUAGCUUUAGGUAUGGGCUCUUAUCGAGCCGCUUUAUUUCAUUUGAUUACUCAUGCUUAUUCAAAAGCAUUGUUGUUUUUAGGAUCUGGAUCCAUUAUUCAUUCAAUGGAAGCUAUUGUUGGAUAUUCUCCAGAUAAAAGUCAAAAUAUGAUUCAUGGGCGAACGACGGGAAUUGAACCCGCGCAUGGUGGAUUCACAAUCCACUGCCUUGAUCCACUUGGCUACAUCCGCCCUAUAAGUAUGGCUAAAUUACACUAUGUCUAA